GGUUUUUCCUUUAGGCUUUACUUGCACGUGUGUGGUAGGUUACUGUUUACUUCACGUUGUAUAUUAGAUGAAUCCACAGAAGAAUCAGACAAUUUUAUCAAUAUAAAUGUCUAAAUUUUUUAUUCGAGAGACUAAGUCUAAACAAAAUGCUAGGACAGGUGGAAAAUACAGAGGAAACCAGAAGCUAAUAAAACUAAAAGGAAAGAAACGUAAGAAAGAAAAUGAAGAUAUAUCUUUGAACUCUAUCAAAAAAGGAGGGAAAAAAGUGGCUCUUGAUGUUGAGGAUAUUCCAAGUGAUGAUGAGGAGAGUGAAUUAGAAUGUAAGAAGAAGGAUGCUGCUACAUCAAGUGAAGAUGAUGAAGAAACUGAGCAGGAAAAACGCUUAAGGCUUGCUAAAAAGUACCUUGAAGAGAUAGAGAAGGAAGAGCAGGAUCGUGGAGAGACAGAAGAGAUUGACAAAGAUGUCAUCAGCCAUCGUUUGAAGCAAGAUGCUCUCGAACAGGCUGGGGUGUUACAGAGGAAAGUGGCAGACAAGUUGGAAACAAUUAACUUGGAUGAUUUAAGAGUAUUGCGAGGUCAUCAGCUACCAGUGACCUGUCUGGUCAUCUCCCCAGAUAGUCAACACGUAUAUACUGGUUCAAAAGAUUGUUCUCUUAUUAAAUGGAACAUAAUCACAGGAAAAAAAGUGAAGGUGAUAUCUGGUGGCAGGAAAGGGACAGAUGAUCGUCAUGUUGGACACACAGCUCACGUGCUCUGUUUAGCUAUUUCCUCAGAUACAAAAUUUCUGGCGUCUGGCUGCCAAAACAAAAUAAUUCAUAUCUGGAACCCUGAAACCAUGGAACUAAUUCAUACAUUUAAAGGUCAUCGAGAUGCAGUCUCAGGUCUUACUUUUCGUAAAGGUAGUCAUCAGCUUUUCAGUGGUUCACGAGACAGAUCAGUGAAGGUGUGGAACUUGGAUGAAAUGGCAUAUGUAGAAACUUUAUUUGGUCAUCAGGAUGGCAUAACAGCUAUUGACAGUUUAACACGAGAGAGAGCCAUUACUUCAGGUGGUCGAGACAGCACCAUAAGAAUCUGGAAAAUAGUAGAGGAGUCCCAGCUGGUGUUUCAAGGCCACAGUGCUUCAGUAGACUGUGUUCAACUAAUCAAUGAACAACAUUUUGUUUCUGGUACAGAUGAUGGAACAUUGUCUUUAUGGGGAGUUUUAAAGAAGAAACCAUUAACUAGCGUACAAGUAGCACAUGGUCAUGCUACUGACAACCAACUUCCAUUCUGGAUUUGUUCAGUUGCAUCUCUUCAGAACACAGACAUUGUUGCUUCAGGUUCACAUGAUGGUGAGGUUAGAAUAUGGAAGUGUGAAGAAGAUUUUCGAAAUCUCACGCUCUUAUGUACAGUUCCUAUUGUAAGUUGUUUUUAUAAUCCCCUGAGCUUAAUACAUUAUACCUGUGUUAUACUGAUAUGAAAAAAUAACAUUGGC